AUGACAAUGUCGCACUGUCUUAUAUUAUUAUUGUUUAUUGUUAUGAAUCGCUUAUCUGUUGCUGAAUUUGAAAAACGUCAAGUCAUAUCAUCAAAUAUGACAUGUGUGACCAUUCCAUUGGCAGCAUUAUCAUCAGGAAAUGAUGAUAAAUUUUCUCAAUUGAAACAUUUUGCAUCAACACAGUUUUAUUCUAAUUAUACACCAACAUGUGGCAAAUUUGUUAUAAUUGUUUUCAGACGGUCGAUUCAUACACUAUAUGCAAAAUCAAUUACGACAUUAAUUGGAAAUCUUUGUUCAAUUUUACAAUCACGUCCAAUGUUAUUGAUUUAUUUAAAUGAAUAUAGUGAUGAACAUCAUGGAUCAUCCGCUGCUUAUUUAUUUUUUCUUAAACUUUUUACAUUAUUAGAGUAUCCCAUAUUGUCAUUUCAUUUUUUUCAUCCAUUUCAUCCUGCUCAUUUUCCAAGUUUACGUUUCUUUCAAUUGGCACCAACCUAUCGAGAAGAAGCUCGAGCUUUGUUAGCAUUAAUGAAACGAUAUGAUUGGAAUGCAUUUUCAUUAAUUAUUGAUCCACAUCUACCCGGUGAAGAAGAACUUAUAGAAGAAUUUGAAGAGCAAACUAGUGAACAACGAUCUUGAUUUACAAUACUCUCAAUUAUUCGUAUGAAAAGUAUUAAUCCAAUACAUAUUAGACAACAACUAUCAAUGAUGAUUCCAGAAACACGUGUUAUAAUUGUUCAUACAACAUCAACAAUGGCAUCACUUAUUGUUAAACAAGCAAAUAAUAUGAGUCUCGUAGGACCAGAAUACAUGUGGAUUAUGUCAUCAAUCGUACUAUCUACAUACAGCAGUGGUAAUGAAGCUAAAAUGAAUCCAUAUGAUAAUCCAAAUCGACGGAAAAUGAAUUUUUUUUCUGGUACAUUAGCGUUAUAUCAGGAUGUCACUCGAGAUAGUGUUCUUGCUCGUUUUGAUAAAUAUAUUGGACCUAUAUUAAUUAAUAUUUUUUCUAAAAUAACACAUUUGGAUGUAGUACGACAAUGGUAUGCUGAUAUGACUGUAUUUACACAUUCAUUUCGAGGUCGAUCAGCAUGUGAACGAAUAUUUGCUAUUAAUAAUUCAUUGAAUCAACCAUCUUUAAAACAUAUAAUUCCUACUCUUUACAAUUUAUUCAAAGAUGAAUUUAAACGAGCAUAUGGAGUUUUUCAACAAGAUGGUUUAGCUAUAGCAGCUAAUUAUUCUAUAUUAAAUUUUCAAACGCCAAAUAAUGAAUGGAAAAAAGUUGGUGAAUAUGUCAAUAGUACAGUAUCAAUAGCCGAUAUUCAAUGGCCAGGUGAACGAUCAAAACCACCACCAGGCAAACCUAUUAUAUAUUAUUUGAAAGCAGUAACACUUGAAGAACAACCAUUUGUCAUGUUCAAAGAUCCAUCUUCUGAUGGAAAAUGUCAAGCUGGUUCAGUUAUUUGUCGUAUAGGACCAGAAAAUUCUGGUGCUAAUCAUAGUGAUCCACAAAAUUAUCAAUGUUGUUCAGGAUUUUAUAUUGAUAUAUUUAAUAUAUUAAAAGAUAGACUUAAAUUUGAAUUUGAACUUUAUCAAGUUCUUGAUCGAACAUGGGGUGGACGAAAUCCAUUGACUAAUAAAUGGAAUGGUCUUGUUUCUGAACUUCUUGAAAAUCGAGCUGAUUUAACAUUAACUUCAUUGAAAAUAACUACAGAACGUAGUGAUGCUAUUGAUUUUAGUAUUCCACUUAUGGAAACAGGUAUUGCAUUGGUUGUUUCUAUAAGAAAAGGAGCUGUAUCAACAACAGCUUUCUUGGAACCGUAUGAUUAUCGUAUUUGGAUUCUUAUGUUAUUGUUUACUCUUCAUGGUGUUGCAAUAAUGGUUUAUAUAUUUGAAUAUUUUCACAACAAAUUGACUAAUUAUGAUAAUGAUCAUGAUCUUCAAAAUGAAGAAUUAAACUACAUAUCUCCAUUUCAGUAUAUCUGGAAUCUCGUUCGACUUUCAGCGAAAAAAGAUCUCAAAAUGACAUUUCCUCAAUCGGUAUGGCUUACUUGGGUUGUUCUUUUUCGAGUACCGGCCAAAGUAAUUCAUCCAAAAAGUUUUACAUCAAAAUUUAUGGCUAAUAUUUGGGCUUGUUUCUGUUUGGCAUUUGCGGCUAGUUAUACAGCUAAUUUAGGUUUUAGCACUGAUGAAGUUGUCAAAAAAAAUCAUAAAGAAUUAUAUUCAUAUUUGAGACAAUUUAUGAAGAGAAAUGUUUCUGAAGGAAUCAAAGCAAUAAAAACCGGAGAAUUACAUGCAUUUUUAUAUGAUGCAGUCGUUCUCGAUUAUCUAAGUGGACAAGAUGAUGAAUGUAAAUUACGUGUUGUUGGAAAUUGGUAUGCAAUGACUGGUUAUGGUAUUGGAUUUCCUAAACAAUCAAAAUUCAAAGAUAUGAUUAAUAAAGAAAUUAUUGAAAUGCAUCAUUCUGGUGAAAUUGAACGCCUUCGACGAUUUUGGUUUACAGGUGCUUGUAAAUCUAGUGUGGAUUAUCAAUCACGACGGAGUAGUCAGUCACUUGAAACACGAAAUUUUAUAUCAGCAUUUUUCCUUCUUCUUGGUGGUACUCUUAUUGCCAUUAUUAUUCUUCUCUUUGAAAAUACUUAUGCACAUUUAUGGACUCGAUCUAAACGUUCUAACAAAGACGAUGAAUUUGAUCAGAAUUUUAUGGGAUAUGACCCUAUGUUAACAUCUAAUCAAAACUUCCAAUCUAGUCUACGUGAGCAAUUAUUGGAAAAACGUAUUGAAAAUUUACAAGAGCGUAUUCGUGAAUUAGAACGACGAUCAUCAGCACGAUAUUCUUUGCAAAUGAAUGACAAAAAUAAGAAAAAGACAAAAGAAUCAUCAGUUUUGGUACUACCGGUCACUUACACUCCUAUUCAAGAUGAUUCACCAAAACUUGAAAUUGUUCCUUUUUUGUCGAAGAACCAACCGGAAAUACCAUUAUUAAUUGUUAAAAAAUCAAAAACUCAAGUGUUUGAAACAAUUGUUUGA